GUCUAACCAGAGAGGGAGCGAGAGAAAGAAAAGAAACAUCAUGGUGGCAUGCAGCCUGGAYGGAACGUCUCCUCCUGCCUGACCUGUGAGCGUUGGAGAGGGAGACGGAGCUCCUCAUGGAGUCUGUUCAGGAACGGCUGGUUGAGUUUUCACUGGAGGCUCACGAUCUUUACCUGAACAAAUCAGUGCCACAUUUGGAGGGACCGCCUGAGCCGCUGCAGUUCUACAGAGACUGGAUCGGCCCGAACAAGCCCUGCAUCAUCCGCAACGCCUUCAGCCAUUGGCCAGCUCUKUCCAGGUGGACACCAGAAUACCUCAGGGAGAAGAUCGGGUCAAAGAUGAUCAGUGUGGCAGUGACUCCUAACGGCUAUGCUGACGCCGUGGCAGGGGAUCGCUUCAUCAUGCCUGAGGAACGACAGAUGAGCUUUUCUUCUGUGCUGGACAUAAUAGAAGGAACGGUGCAGAAAACYGGAGUGUUCUACRUCCAGAAGCAGUGCUCCAACCUKCUGCAGGAGCUGCCUGAGCUAGUGGACGACCUGGAGCCUCAMAUACCCUGGAUGAGCACAGCACUCGGGAAAUCACCGGAUGCAGUCAAUUUUUGGCUCGGAGAAGCAAAUGCUGUCACAUCCAUGCACAAAGAUCCCUACGAGAAUCUGUACUGUAAACUGGUGGUUGUGGCUGUACAACUCUCACUUCCCCACUGUCUGACUGUGGCAUUUGCUGCUCUCCUCCUGAGCAUUGCGCUAUGA